AUGAUGGAACCUGACACUGAUUUGUCCUUUUCAGCCUGCAGCAGCUUAGACGGGGGCUCGGCAGUGGAAACCCCGACGAAGCAGACCAAGUUGGAACCGCCCGACAUUGACAUUGAUGCCAAGGAGAUGCGCCAGAUGUUUGUCAAGAGGUGGCAAAGACUUGGGAAAGGGUGGCAAAAGAAGUUUCUGAUUGGCAACUGUUUGCCCAAAGGCGUCAAGCCCCAGACUGCAGCAGCCCAACAACUUGCAAAUCAGCCUUGGGUCUUUGGUGCCAAAUCUGGUUGCGGGUGCCUUCCCUGCAGCAAAGCUAACACUGGAAGUGAGUGGGGCUUAGCUACUGCUGGUCUGGUGCCCAAAUUCCGGGCUUGCUUCUUGCAAAAGCACCAAGAGUGCAAGAGUCAUAUUGAUGCGGUCAAGAUGAUGCUUGGAAUUGGGGUCGAUGUUCCCGGCGCCCCACCACUGGAAGAAUUUGAGAGCCUCCUGAAGAAGCUGCAAUCUGGCUCUUCGAUGAGAAGUUGCGGGGACUUCAAAGGCCAAAGCUCAGACAAGGCUUCGCUGAUGGCAUGGUGCCUCCACGAGGAAAAAUACGACACCCGCUUCGGCAUUUUGGGAAUGGCACGCGCAACAAGGGAAGUUUUGCAACGCUUCUGCACCAAGUACAAUGAUCCUCCCAGGUACUAUGCUGGUCCAAAGCCUGAGUUCAACGAAGGUCUUUUUGAUAAAGUGAGGAAACGGGUUGAAAUCGUUUUGACAGACGCGGCAGCUAACGAGUUGCUGGCCAGCAAUGUGACAAGGGGAGCAAGAGACCCAAACAUCGAAGGACCAGGUGCACAGAUCCUUCUUCCAUGCCUGAAGCUGGUUGCAAGAGAUCACGCGCAUGCAUUUCGCCGCGUGAUUCAAAGGCCUUUCAAAGCCACCGACCAUUUGUCUGCGCUGAUGGCAGAACAUGUCUUGGGCGCAAAUUCGCCAGUGAGAAUCAUAGAUGGUUCGUUCAUCUUCAGGCAAUGGUUUGAUGAUGAGGUGGCCAAGCUGGUGAACGGGAAUGUCCACUGCCACAACUUGAAAUCAGCCAAACACCGCUUCGAGUCCCACACCGCUCCGCUUUGCCGACUCUUGAGCAACCUCCCUGCUGUGCUAGCCACCGUGCAACGGAUCAUCCAGGCCAGGAAGGAUCAAACAGGCUCAGCGCUGCAAACUUGGCUGCAGAAUCUAGCAGCCCAAGAAUUGCUGCAGCUUGGUAUGGUGGCUGACGUCAUGGAUGAAAGCCUGCUGCUCAUCAGGCAGGUUGACAACGAGGAAUGCGACAGCGCUGAAGUUGGAAACUACGUGCAGAGUUUUGCUGAUCGGAUUCAGAUGCUGAUUGUGCAGAAGGCUAUACUGACGACAAUGGGAUACACGAAGCUUGUGAUGGACUUGCUCGCGGAGGGGAAGCUGAAGUUUUUCGCUUGUGGUGUUGCCUGCCGCUUGGGGCCCUGUCAGGAUGAGUCAAUCGACCAAUGCUUCAAGAACAUGGAGGUGUUUUCUUUGAAAAGAGUGUCCAAAACAGACACCUUCUUCCAGAGCUCGGCCGACAGCAGUGUAGAGCGUUUGGCUAAGUUCUUUGGGGUGAGCUCGGGCGGCUUCCAGGAGCAGCUACACCGCCUUCGCCCCCUGGCAGAAAAGCGAUGCAGAGACACCAAUGGUGGAACCCGAGAGGCUUGGACAGCGACCAUGAAAGCUACUCAGCGGCGAAAUUCUAUGCAGGACUGCUCAGAGUCCUACCCAACAGCUGACAUUGCUCCAGUGAUGCGUCGCUAUCUUGCAUGGCAGGCGAGCACAAGUGGCGUGGAGCAGAACUUCGCUAGAGGUGAGCGCAAGAAUGCAUUUGGACAGACGCCUGCAAGUGAUGUGUUUGAAGAGCGGGCAAUGAAACUGAUGCUUUGCGCAUGUCGCAAACGAAAGAGCGAACGCAUCGACAAAGACAUCAAGCGCCCCAAGACGAAUGAGGACCCAUCAAGCUCAGAGGCAGCGUUCAAAAGAGCAAGGAGGGACAGUGUGGCCAAUGCAGUGGAGAAAGAUUGGGAUCAAAGCCUUUCCUUCAAUUUGGAUGAAGAUCCCAGCCAUGAACUUUGGGCUGAGGCCCACGAGAAGGAGUUCGAAUUCCAGAAAAAGAAACAAAGAGAGCACAUGGUCACAGCCUACCAAGAGGGUUUACUCCAGGAGGCUGAGGUGGAUCAGGAAGCGGUUGAAACAACGCUUGCCAAAGAAAAGGAGCGAGACAAAUUGCUGGUGCGUGAGGGCAAGGUGCAACGAUCUUUUGCUGACAAGAUGCAUGGCCCCUUGGAGUGGGAGCAUCUGAGCGGCAAGACUGCUUGGGUAGCUUCAGACAUUCAAGAAGACAAGUUGGACGUAGCACUGCCAAAGUUCAACAUCACAAAAACCAAGGAACGAACAGAUGCAGAUGCAUUGAUCGUCAAGGAUGCCGCCAACAUGCCUGAAAGGGCCAGGCUUUUUGCGGCUGGACUUGGUUUGAUUGUCAUGGACGCCUGCCUGUUCAAUGGCCAGCAAGGAUUCAAGGUGAAAUUCAAAAGAGCAUGUGGGACCUCUCGAACAUGUUUCUUCACAGCCGAGUUCAAGAACCAACACCCUGAGUUUGAGAAGAAUGUCAGGUCUUUGCUGAACAAGCCUGUGAAGUUCAGCCACUGGAAGCUCGCGAAGACUAGACAAGAAGCUAGUUUUGUCUUGGCGACCAAAGCUGAGUGUCAACAUGAUCCGACUCAUUGGCCCAUUCUCAAGCCUGCCGUUGCCUACUACAGUGUUGAAGCCCGGGGGGCGAACCCGGCUUCGUCUGGCGAGGGGACCUCCUCCCGUUACGGACCCGUAACGGGAGGAGCAGUGGGCAUCAUGCCGGAGCAUUACAGCAAGUGGAAGCUGAACAAGUCCGAGCAGAAAAAGGUGGACGACGAGGAGCAAGCUUUGGUUGUGCAGCUUAUCAGAGCAGGAAAGACCAAAAAUGAAGCGCAGCAGCAAGCAGCCCAGGCAAAGGAAGUACAGGUGAAGGCAAUGAAAGAGGCAAAGAUGCAGAGAAGUCAAGCCAAAAAGGCUGGCAACCCCCCUGCAGCUGCAGGCGGGAUGCCUGGGCAGCCUGCUUUGACCAAUCUCAACAUGCCCGCUGACGCCCAAAAGAACCAGGGCUACUAUGAGUCGCUGAUGGAGGCGAUCAACACCAUUUUGAAAUGCCCGAAGUUCUCCGACAUCCGGGUUGCCGAACCGCUUGCCAUCACUGAUGGAGUUGACGCUUCGUCGGGCGUGCAGGCGGUGUUCAACCAGCAGGAAGCGAAGAUCGCACUGCAGAAGGAAGGCGCUUACAGAAGUGCCAUUAACCUUUUUUGGUUAGACCCUUUUGGCAGCCCAACGCCAACCGUGCCACUAUCCAAGAAGCGGGUCCAGGAAUUGGGUUCAUUUGCGUUUCCCGGCUACAAGCCAGCACAUUUGGCCGACAGCUUUUGCGUGGGUGUGGAUGCCCCUGACACCGACUUUCACGCUUUGAAGGGCAAUUGGCGCCCUGUGUCCCCAGAAGAAAUGCAUCACUGCAUAAUCUUCACUCUUGCUGCCGCAAUCGAUUCUGGCGAGGUUGACGAUGCUGGUUUGGAUCAGUGGCGCACCAUGAUUUUGUCUUGUCCCGUGAUGAUCAUUCUCAUGGAUGGCGGCCCGGACCAGCUUUUUUGGCAAGCUUUCAAAAAGCGCCAGCAAGUGGUUGCAAACUAUGAGGCCUGUCGCCGAACCGCAAGGCAACUCGCUUACGAAGUUGCAUCUCUGAAAGCACAGAAGGAAGCCGAGUCUGGCGAAAUCUUGUCAGUGAAAGAUUUGAGCGACUUGUUUGCCUUGCACCAGUCGGACAUGGCAAUCGCAAGCAAGCGGACAGACAUGGCGGAUGGAUUCGUGAAGGACUGCAUUUUUGUGUUUGAGAAGAUGCUGAGCGAUCCAGUGUGCAACGCUUGCUUGGACGUGUUGGAAGAGAAGUAUGGCCUGUCCUCCCCACUGAACUCACUUCAGAAAAUGCGAGUGAUCAUUGAGAAGUCAGAAUCGACUCCAACCAGGCAAUGGGUCAUGGAAGUGAUCACUGACAUGGUGAUUAAUGGACAGAUCGAUCGGGAAACCAUCAGCAAAUCCUACCUGCAGGGAAGUGGCACCAAUGCAUCAUUGGUUGAACUGUUGAAGCUCAAGCUCCAAACAGUCAAGCAUUUCCUCCAGGUUGAGAUGCCGCGCAGCCAGUUUCACGUGCCUGACUUGAAGAUGAUCGAGCAGAAGAUUUUGACCGUUUCAGAUUACCGGGUCUACGUCACUCCCGGGAAGGCUGGUAACAGAGAGGCCGACAACAAAUGGAUGAGCACCCUCAAAUGUAGCAGCAUUGCUUGCUUGAAGUUGGUGGAGGACAUCCUCUACACAACAAAUUUGAAUGGUGCUAUGAUCGCUUUGCUGCGCAAAGGCAAGGGUGCGAGCCCAUUGGAACUGAUGGAGAUUGAAACAUUCAGCCUCCGAUGGAAGGCCGCAGUUGCCGCGAAAGACAAUGAGAUCGCAGCUGAACGAGCUCUUGACGGCAAGCAAAAGGACCAGGAGGUGGAGGAGGAGACGGACGAGUGCAAGAAGAUAGCCCUUGGCUCAGUUCAAGCUGAACCUUCAAAGUACCAGAGGGGGAGCGCGCAGCACUACACUGCGACGGCUGCGCAACAAGUGCAGAUCUAUGUUUCCCUCGUUGUUGAGCCUCCAACUUUGGCAGGUGUUGCUCGGGUGAUUGAAGAGAGCCAGCUGUCUGGCAAGUACCAAGGUGCUCAAGGCAAAAGCUGCAUCAUGAUCCACUUUGACGUACAGCUUUUCGCAGAAGCCGUGAAAAGACCUGACAGAAGAGCGCCUGCUCUCACUGCAGCCCUUCUGAAGAAGUUGGUCCACGGGGCGAUCAAGGGAAGGGGUGGCUCUCCCAACCAAAAGGUGGGCCCGGACCACUAUGACAAACCGUUGGAUGGAGAUUUCAUUUUUUUGAAUGAUGGAGGUCGCAACGUGGUUGACAUAUUGCUGUCCCCAUUCAAGACGAAGGACGCCAAAGGUGCGGCUCUUGCUCACUAUCUGGAAGAAUCAGUUGAAUCGAAAAGAAAGCUCAAUCGUGGAAUGACCAACCAAAUCCAACGCUGGCACGUUGUAUCCACAGAGUCCCUGGCGUCUUGGCUUCCGGAGCGAAAGCACACCAAGUACCCCGGGACCAACCGUGGCAACUGCAUCGGAUGGAUCGGGAAAGACAUGUACGGGGCCAAGAUGAUGGGCGGCUCCGAUGUCGCAGUUGAGGAUGGCAAGGAGGAGGAAAGAUCUGACGACAGCUUCGAACCAGCCUUUUACCAUCACCUCCCCGAAUCCUUGUACUCAGAUGCCAUUGGGGCAUAUGAGGUCCGUGGUUGCCUGGAUCUGACUCCGGGAUGUGGAGAUCUUGCACGGGCAUGUUUGCUUCGCCGCGUGCCGUACUUGGGAUUGGGAAUGACGGACCAACAUUGCUCCUUGCUCAAGGCACAGCUGGUGGAGUUCAUCAAGAUGCAGAUGAGGUCUGAAGGAUCAACUUACUACAGCCCUGAGUGGGCUGCUGCGUCAGACUCUGCCACGACGGCAAAGGAGGAGAAAAAACGCAAGAAUCAAUCCGAUCCCAAGAUUCAGCCCAAGCCACCCAAGAAGCCCAAGAACAAGAAGAAAGACGAGGAAGAGUUGCUCGAAGAUUCGGAUUCCGCUUCAGAGACUGAGGCGAAGUGA